AUGGAGAAUAUACCAAAGCUACUUAAAAGAAAAGGAUAUGCGAUCUCUAUUCUUAACUCAGCCAUAAAUGAUAUACAACGCGCUGCAAUUGUCGAGCUUAUUCAAGCUGGUGAUACAGCGGGAAGCUGGGAUAAAUCGAUUGCAAUGGACCAGGCACAACACCCCUUAUUUGGUUCCAAUGUGCGCGACACCUUCUGUGAAGAGACUUUCGACCCAAAAACUCAAACAAUACGGCAAUUCAUCGAUAUCCUCCUGAGCCAUCAAAUAAUGCUUUCUAAGACCAAAUAUGCCACCUGCGAUCUAGAACUAAAAUCGGUACUUCUUGAGAAGCUUCCCAGUACUGGCAUCUGGCGUGAUUCGAAGUUCUUGGCUAUCGAUGCGGAGUUCUCACUCGAAAAGACUGUUCUGUUUCUUGUCGUAAUGGCAAGCUUGCCGGUUCAGAACUCCGACACAAAUGAUGGAGAUGCAGUGAGUUCAAGCGUCAAAAAGAACGAUAAAAUAAGAGGUAGUGAAAUGAAUAGAUUUGGCAAACGAACAAGAACGAAGUCUAUUAUUUGA